AAAGUAUAUCUAGGUAGCUUAAACAACAAUGAGAAUACAUUAAUAGCUGUUAAAAUGUCACAAUGUUGUGAUGCAUGCAACGAACCUGAAGCUAGGCAUCAAUUAAUGGAAGAAAUCAAAAUAAUGAAAGCAGCUGGUUCUCAUACACAUUUAGUCAGCCUUAUAGGUUGCUGCACUUUACCAAAUAAUCCUAUAUGCAUAAUUUUAGAAUAUAUGGAAGGUGGGGAUUUGCUUGCCUAUCUACAUUGUAGAAGAAAAAUCAAAUCAGAUGAUAUAUCUUUGUGCAGUUUUGAAAAGGCUGUAUCUAGGUACGCAAAUAUUGUUGAAAAAAAUGACAAUUUAUAUGAUGUAAUUGAGAAGCAACAAUUUAUGAAGUUUGCGCUUGAUAUUGCAAGAGGAAUGGAAUAUUUGGAAGCUAAAGGAAUUAUACACAGAGAUUUGGCAGCAAGAAACAUCCUCCUCACUUCAUUGUCAAAUCCAACAUUAAAGAUUUCUGAUUUUGGUUUGUCACGAAAUGGAAUAUACGUAAUAAAUAAUAUGGAUGGCAAAAUUCGUAAACUUCCAAUACGUUGGAUGUCACCAGAAGCUGUGCGUGAUCAUGCUUUCUCUUCUAAAAGUGAUGUCUGGUCAUUUGGUGUUGUACUCUGGGAAAUUGGAACUUUAGGUUCUUUUCCAUAUGCUACUAUACAGGAUAACGAAUUGUUGCGUUAUUUAACUCGGAACAAAUGUCGUCUAGCGUGUCCUAAUACGAUUUCUCAAGAUAUAUAUACAAUUAUGUGUUCUUGUUGGAAUACAAAGCCGGGAGAUAGACCUAGUUUUGCACAACUUGUUUUAGACCUGCAGAUAUUAAAAAAACCUUCAUAUUCUAUGCAUGAAGCAAGCAAUCCUUGUUAUGCAUUGCUAUCACAUUAAUAUAGAAUUAUUUGAUAGGAUAUGUAUAAAUAUGUACGUUUGAAAAAAAUUAAAAUACAAAUAUAUAGUUUUUAUUAAAAUUGUAAAAUAUUCCGUAAUAUUAGUCAGAUAUUAUGUAUUUAAUCAAGAAAAGUCUAUAAUAUUGAAUCAUAGUUUUAUUUUAUAGAAAUGUAAAAAUUAAUAUUAAAAGAUAAAAUAUUUGAUUAAAAAACCAGUUUAGUUCUGAUAAGGUAUUACAACAGCUAAAAGUAAAAUCAACAAUAAAUGCCCUCAUUUUAACAAAAA